AUGUUUCUCAAUAUAUCAGAUAUACUUAAUGUUCAUCGUAUACCGUGUUUUCAGAAUGCCAUUUUAUAUGGAAUAGCAAGUGGAGUAGCAAUGAGCACCAUCCGUAUCAUUUUUCAGGCACCUAUCAUAAAAGCAUGCCAUUCAGGUGUUGCUACAUUCUGUGGCAUCAGUAUUGUAUCUUGGGAAGGAUGCCGAUACCAACGUUAUAUGAAAAAAAAAAAUAUGAGAGUAAUUGUUGAUAAAGAUUCAAAAGAAAAUCCUGAACCAUCACCCUAA